AUGCCCCGUGUGCGCCUUGCUGCCCGCGCGCCCUACAGCCUGCGCGCUCUGUACUAUGCGUCGUCUGCUGCCCGCGCGCGCUCUGCUGACAACGCGCCCUGCCCGCGCUGCCCUGCAGCCCCGCGCGCCCUGCUGCGCCCUGUGCACCCUGCAGCCCGCGCGCUGCCCUGCCCACACUGCCUUGCAGCUUGCGGGCAUGCGCUGCCCGCGCCCCGGUCACUUCCGGCCCCUACGACUCCCACUGAGCCUGCUGGUGAGGACGUGCAGAGGUGGUACCGGGUGGACAACCUUGCCUAUAGACAGUGGACGGAGCGCGACGCUGUCGCACAGCUUGCCGCUCGAUCUCUCUUGCCGGUCGACCAGAGGGACUACUUUCGACAAGUGACGUUGGCCCAGAUUUUGUUCGACACUGUUGUGAGGCACUACUCCCUCUCUCCUGCCACCCGGCCACUACAGCAGUGGCGUCCGUUGUUAGGGGAGGACCAACCGCUGGUCGAGGAGGGGAGCGUAGGCACCUGUAGGUCUGCUCGUGCAGGUAGUGCCACUAGUGUAGCCGGUGGUUAUGGGGGUGGUCAGCACUUCCAGCAGCGUCAGUUGGAUACCCUCUCAUUGCAGUAG